AUGCGUUGUCUAGCAUCUCUACACGGGAAGCCGUUAAGAGCGCGUCUCUUCGAAAUUGCCAGAGUCAGGCACUACUUCAAACGAAGACGUCACUCACCUCACACAAGACAACGGGUACAACCAAGAUAUGCACCAUCUGCCUCGACUAAAAGCGAGUCCAGUGGCAAGUCGACGCAGAGAAAAGAGAAACCUUCGUUUUUCUUCCAACUGGCUGCAUUUUUAGAUGGCACAGACCGUCGUCUAUUCGAGUCGGUUUUGAAAGGUGCAGAAGGUAGAUCAACAGACGAUGCAACAGACACUGGGCCACCAAGAGACUACGCAGACAGUGCGACAGGCAAGCACUAUCGGUCAGACAGCCCCAUGCCGAGAGAACCUGCAGACAACUCUACAGGAAGAGGUAGCAGGCUCUUAAGAGAUUAUAAAAUACUGGGAGAAAUAGGGAAGGGAUGUAAUGGAGAUGUCCGAAAGGCUGAAGUCCUGCCAACUGCGAGAGCCAAGGGAGGCAGAUGUCAUUUUCGUGCGAUAAAAGCAAUGUAUCAACCAGUCGACAACGAAGUUAAGGAAAGAUUGGAAGCUGCGAAAGGAGUACUACGCAGUCUCAAUGAUUGUCCGAACAUCAUUUAUUUCUACACGUGUUUUACUGAAACUACAACAACUGGCACUGAACACUUGCUUUUUGUGAACGAGUAUGCAGAAGGAGGUAACCUUAGCGCAAGAAUAAAGAAGAACGAUUCAUUACAUGAGAAGGAUCCAUUACAUGAGCAAGACAAAAAGGCAAUCAUAUACUGCAAAGGAGUAGAGCACGGAGUUGCAAUGAGAGUCGCCGAGCCACAAGGACCGACUACUUUCAUGGCCCCUGAAGUUUUUAAGAGAAAAAUAAUUUACUUUUCUCAGGAUAUAUGGGCGUUUGGGUAA